AUGCAUUCUUACUAUUAUUUGGAAAAAAAAGAAUCGCGGGUAAUCGGAAGAGCCUCGUUACCGCCAAAACAAUUACCCUCGAGCUGAAUAUUCCCAUUUGCAACUACCACCAGUGAAAUAAUCUUAUAAAGUUUUUCCGCCAUUCAACGUAGUUAACUUCGUGACGUCAUGUCCGUUGUUUUAUUAUGUUUUUAACUUGAUGAAGGACAAAUAUUAAAGAAAUGUUGUUUCAUUUUACCAUCGUAUACCGUUGUUUCUACAAAGAUUUAUUUAAAAAUUGUGAUAAAAAUAUUCAUUGAGAAAGUUUAAAAUAGUUAAUGAUUUUGUGUUUUCGUAAACAUAUUUUGGUUGAAUAUGGGGAAGGAAAUAUUUCAAGUGAUUUUAGACGAUGAAAGUGGAGUUUUCUAUCCAGGCCAACACGUAUCUGGAAGAGUGGACCUUAAACUUUUUGGCGAAUUGAAAGUAACAGCUAUCAACUUGAGUGUCCAGGGUUAUGCAGACGUACACUGGACAGAAAGAUCUGGCGGGAAACACAAACACACACGGCAUUACAGCAGUAAUGAGACGUACUUUAACGAUACAGUGUGCUUGUUCAGUGGAAAACAACAAAGCGGGAAAGACAGUGUCAAACUACAAGCCGGUAGAUACAGUUACCCGUUCAACUUUCAGCUGCCACUAGGAAUACCGUCAUCGUACGAGGCGACUAUAGGCCGAGUUCGAUAUUUUUUACAGUCAGACAUCGACAUCCCCUGGGCGUUUGACAAACACACGAGAAGAAUGAUCACGGUCGUAAACCUGCUUGACUUAAACACAAUUCCAAAUGCAAUGAACGGUACUUCAAGAACCAACCAGAAGACAUUGUGUUGUUUGUGUUGUGAGUCGGAUCCGAUAUGCGCAAUGCUUGCGGUAGAUCGUAUUGGCUAUGUGCCAGGAGAGGCUAUCGUAUUCAGGUCUGAAAUCAACAACAACAGCAAUAGAGAGAUGACUUGCAGCAAGGCAAAUCUUGUCAUGCAAGUGCGGUAUCAUGCUACAACGAAGACAAGAACUGUCUAUAAUAUCGUUAAUCAAAUGGUGCACGGGAAGAUUGAGGGCGGAGGCACAGACGUAUGGAUGAAUGAAAAACUUCAUAUCCCGGCCGUACCUCCAUCUUACCUACGUGGGUGCAACAUCAUAGAUAUCAGAUAUUAUAUGAUGAUAACUGUUGAUCCUUCGGGUCUGGGUUUCGAGCUAAAUGUACCAGUUGAGGUUGUGGUCGGCAGUAUACCGGUGGUAUCUAUAGCCCAACAACAUGGUAUGACGCUUCCUCCACCACCACCGCCACAAGAUCCAUCCCUUCCACCACCUCCACCCGGUGCACCGCAAGCCCAAGCAACAAUUGCUGAGAGUGCAAUGGGUCGGGUCAAUACAAGGGAAGAAGGAGAUAUUGAUGAAACUCAAGGAAAUACAAACUUUGCUCCGGUAUAUACUUAUUAUAACUGGGACAAACCGGACCCUGCUAAUACUUUCUCAGUACAGCUGGACGAAGGAGACACAGUUUAUUGAUAUGGACAUUAUCAAUCGCAAUUUUAAUGCAGUUCCAUAUUUUCUUAAAGUUUUCAUUUUUGUAUCUGAAUGAAAAUAUAGCAGAAACUACUUUUGAAGACAUGAAGACAUUCAAUCCAAACAGUACAACUUAUGUUAAUAACAUCUCUUCAGGGGCGAUAACAUUUCAAUUCUUUCCAGCUAAACCACUCACAUCUCCAGAAGAUCGAAGAUAUUGCUCUACCCGCUGGGAUUUAAUAAUACAUAUAUCCAUGUUUGAUUACAAAGCUUUGUAAAGAGCGUCCUACAUAAAACACUUUCUUGCUGAUAUUCUUGCAUCUACUUUUUUCUUGGAAACACAUUUCAUUGCAACGAGCGGGUCCUUCCUUUGACCAAAUGAUGUAGAUCUCUGAUCGCUCAGAGCUUAUGGGCAAUAAAACAGAUGUAAGAAUAAUAAUUUGUUUGAAACAA